AUGUCAGACCAGUACUGGCUCAACGAACAGUUGAAGAAUGAUGAUGGCUUUGGGGGCAACCCACCUUCACAACAAGAUGAUCAACUAAUGUCGUCCUUCCUCAACUACUUGGACGGUGAUAAUCCUGCUGGAAAUAACAACGCUAACGAUAAUAAUGAUAUCAAUAACAAUCAAUUGAGAAACAGAAGCAUGGGUAGUGCAGGAAGUAAUAGACAGAUGAACAACAUCAAUAACAACUUUGGUGGGAAUGUUGGUAAUGAUCAAAUAGGUGUCAAUGAUAUGGGAAUCAGUCCAUCAGCUAUUCUAGGUCAACAAAUGAUGCAACAACAGCAGAUGAAUCAAAUGCGUCGUCAAAGUCAACCUCCACAACAAUCACCACAACAGCAAAUGCAACAGCUUCAACAACAACAACAACAAAGGCCAAAUCAACAACAGGACACGAAUGCUUUGAUUCAAAGUUUGUUAGGAGAAAGAAAUAAUAGUCCAAUGUUCCAACAACAACAACAGCCACAACAAGUUCCUCAAAACCAAGGGUUUCCACCUACUGUGUUCUCCCCAUCCACCACUAACCAAACUAUACCUUCCCAAGUUCCUCAACAGAAUAUUCCAGCCCAAUCACAACCACAACCACAACCACAGUUCAAUGCCAAUGCACCAAUGGAUAAAGCUGCUAUGAUCGCGGCUCUUCAACAAAGAAAUGGUCAAAAUCAAGAUCGUUUCCAGCAGCAGUUCUUACAGCAACAGAUGUUGAAUAAACAACAACAACAACAACAGAAUUCACCAAUGUCACCAAGCCUAAAUAAUCAAGGAUUGUCCAACCAGCAGCAACAACAGCAAAUGUUUCAACAACUACAACAACAACAGGCUUUGAGGUUACAACAGUUGAGACAACAACAACAACAACAACAACAACAACAGCAGCAGCAGCAGCAGCAGCAACAACAACAAAAUGCUAUGCCUCCAACACCACAUAAUAACGGUACACCAUUAAGCCAGCAUAGUGGUAUGCAAUCACCUAUGAUCUCAAAUCCAGUACCUAAUCAAAACCAGUUCAAUACACAACAAUUUUCAGCACCAAAUCAGAUGAGCAGAAAUGGAACACCAUUUCAGCAGAAUCAAAUACCACCUCAACAACAAAGACCACCAACACAGCCUAUGAAUAUGCAUCACACUCCUGGUAGUCAACAUCCAAGCGUUCCACCAACACCUCAACAGCAACAGCAUGUGAUCCCAAACCCACCCCAACAACAACAACAACCUCAAGCUCCACAACCUCAACAACAGGCUCCCCCAGGUGGUGUACCUGGCCAAUCUCAGAAUAUGACACCUGAACAGAUGCAACAAAGAAGAAUCCAGCAACAGAUUAGUGCUACACAAAUUGAACUAUUCAUGAAGACUUUGACAGAUUUCAUGAAAAAUAAAGGUACUCCAAUAACGUCUAUACCUAUUGUUGCUGAUAAGAAAAUUCAUUUAUUUUUCUUUUAUGCUAUCGUUGCUAGAUUAGGUGGUUCAGCUUCAGUUUCAAGACAACAACAAUGGUCUUUUGUUGCACAAAAAUUGGCAUUACCUGCUGAUAAUCCUCAAGUUCCAAGAGACUUGGCUCAAGCUUACAUUGAUUAUUUAUUACCUUUUGAACAAUAUGCUUCAACACCUGAAGGCCAAAGAGAUCUACAAGCUAGAAGACAAGCUAUACAAAGACAGCAUGAGGCUAUUCUGAGACAGUUAAAACAAGGUCAACAACAACAACAGGCGCAAAAUACACCUCAACAACAACCUCAGCCACAACCUCAACCUCAACAACAGCAGCAGCCUAAUCCUGCUCAACCAAACUCAGUACAAAUGCCUCAACAGCAUAUCUCACCUCAAGUCCAACAACAAUCAAUACCUCCGCAACAAGCUGGGUCUCAAAUACCUACACCAAACCAGCAAUUUCAACAAGUCAACAAUAUUAGAUCAAGCGUUGGCUCUAGUGUCGGUAGCCCAAUGGGUGUUCCACAACCAAAUCAACAGUUUCAACCAUCGCAAAUGCAAAAGCAAAAGAGUGGCUCACAAAAAGGUUCUAAUGUUAACUCACCAUUGAUUGGAGAACAUGCUAAUCAACAACAAGCUCCUCCACAGUCCCAACCAUCACAAGGAUCACCAGGUGUCGCAGCUCCUACAGUACCAUCAAAACCUAAUGUUAUUAGAAAUUACAUCCCUGAUCAAAGAUUAGUUGAACAUCAUGCUGGUUAUGACAUCAGAUCUCUAAAUCAUCUAGGUGAACAAAUCGAUAGUGCUAAGCCAAUUUUCCUAUUUGCUCCUGAGUUGGGUGCUAUAAAUAUUCAUGCAUUAACUAUGAGUUUGGAUUCUGGUAUUACUUCUGAAAUCAAUACUGCAUUAAACACUGCUCUUGUUACGUCUGCUGAUAAUGGAUUAGGUAUACCACUUAAUGAAUGUCCCGAGUUUUUGGAAGCGUUGGCUUGCUUAGGUUUGAGAGUUUUAGAUCAGUUAUUGAAAGGUUCAGAUUCUAGAAAAGAGGUUGGUAUUGAAAAAGUUGAUUUGAAUGAUUUAACUUCAAGACAAUCUAAUAUUGAUGAUAUUUUCAAUAAGUACGUGAAGAACGAGAAUGACGUGGAAGAAGUUGAAGUGCUGAUUGACUCAUUCUCGGGUGAGCCAAUUAAUCAAUCAUCUGGUAAUGGUUUUGGUGAUGUUGAAGUUAUAGAUGCAGAUGCAGAAGAGGAUGACUCGUUUUCAAAAGUUACAAGUUCAAAGGUGACAAGAGCUCCUAGUGCUGAAUUUGAACUUCCUGAACAAUUCCUCAUUCCAUCAUAUUCAAAAAUGUUGACUGCUGUUCGUUCUGAAAGUGAACAUCCAUUUAGUAAAAUUCAUACAAAAACUGCUGAUGACCCUCAAGUUUUAUUAAUUGAUCAGUUAACCACUAUUUCAAUGGUUUUAAGAAAUAUUUCAUUUUAUGAUCAUAAUGCAAUUCCAUUAGCUAAUAGUGAAUUUUUAAAGGAUUUUAUCUUCAAGUUGAUUCACGCUGUUGCUAGAUCCCCAGAUAAAUUCGUCUAUACAAGAAGAAGAUUAGGAUUCCUUAAAGAUUCUUUGAUGAUUUUGGUGAAUAUUUCACACCUUGUACAACUAAGAACUCAUAAUGAUGUGCUAGCAGUCCUAGUGUUGGUUUUGUCCUUUGGAGCUGAUGACUACAAGGAUGAAAAAUUAUUCUUACCAGAGUAUAAUCCAUCUAUUCAAAAAUAUCAAAGUCAUGGUGUUGAUGUUUUGGCUAAAUUACUUGCUCGUGAUCCUCCAAAUAGAACACUAUUUCAAGCUGUGCUAACUGGUAAUUACGAUACUAGUAUACCAUUUGCUGAAGUUGAAGAAAAUAAGAGAUUGGUUGCUUUAUUGGCUGGUGAACCUGAUGGUCAUUUGAGAUUAUUAACUAAAGUUUUCAAAUUUUUGGUUUCAGUUCUCCCAGUAACAAAUUUAGCUUUGAAUGCUGUUAUUCAAGAAAGAGAUGCUGCUAUACUACAAUCUUUGAUUUCAUCAAUCUUGAUUUCUGAAAUGAUUCCAAAUGACGUCGCAACAGAAAAUAUAGCUUUGAAAUGGUUGAGUAGUAAUGAAGGUAUUGGAAGUGGUUUAAUAAAGUUGGGAUUAACAUUGGCUGCUGUUACAUCAAAACCAACUGAUAAUGAGGUUUUGAAAUUGAUAUCUGCUAGAUCUUUCACAUUAGUGAACACAUUGACUCAAAAGGCUCUAGAGUAUGCUAAUAAUAAUAAUGAUGGUUCUCUAAAGGACUUUAAUAAGGCUAAAUUAUUUUUACCUUCAGAUUCUAUCUUGGGAGCAUUAUUGUCAUCUAUUGAUCCUUCAAUUCUAAGCCAAAUUUUAACAUUAGCUGGCUAUUUAAAAAAGAUAAAUUCAGGGGUUACUGAAAACGUUUUAUCUUGA